UGCCGGCGCGUUCGCAGGGAAUCCGUGCUCUAAAUGCCCGCCUCACAGAGCAGCCCGGCUGCUUCCUAUGGGAUGCAUCUGCAUAAAGGAAGAAUUCUUCGAAGAUGGGUAAUAAGCAGACAAUAUUCACUGACGAGCAGCUGGAUGCCUACCAGGACUGCACGUUCUUCACUAGGAAAGAAAUCCUUCGGUUGCAUGGCCGGUACCAUGAAAUGGCACCAAACGUUGUGCCCAUGGACUAUACAAAGGAUCCUGAUGUUAAACUACCUAUGCAGCUUAUAAUAAACAUGCCUGAGCUAAAGGAGAAUCCCUUUAAGGAAAGAAUUGUGGAAUCUUUCUCGGAAGAUGGAGAGGGGAGCCUCAGCUUCAAUGAUUUUGUGGACAUGUUCUCUGUGCUCAGUGAAAUGGCUCCCAGAGAGCUCAAAGCUAUCUAUGCCUUUAAGAUCUAUGAUUUUAACACAGAUAACUUCAUUUGUAAAGCAGACCUGGAACAAACCCUCAAUAAGCUGACCCGAGAAGAGCUAACAGCAGAAGAAAUCACUCUGGUUUGUGAGAAAGUGAUAGAAGAAGCUGACAUGGAUGGUGAUGGCAAAUUAGGAUUUGCAGAUUUUGAAAACAUGAUUUCCAAAGCACCGGACUUUCUCAGUACUUUCCACAUAAGAAUCUGAAGAACUGUGUGUGAGCCAGUGUUGUCAGAAUGAUUUCAGUCCAGCCUAUCUGAAUCUCAGGCGCUUUGGGGGCUUCUGUCCUCUCCUUGUGGCUUCUUAGAACUCAAAAAAUA